ACCUCCGAAGAGGCGGGGCGCGGCUCUUGAUUACCCGCAGGGGCGGUGCUGGCCGAUCACCUGGGCCGAGGCGGAACUGAAGGGUCCGGUCACUGCCCGGAGAACCUGUAACUAAGACUCACCUGUGCGGGGGUCGGAGGCGGGGCCGGGGCCAGAACUCACCUGAGCCGGUGGAAACCUGCCCUGGGGGUAGCCCCGGGUUCGCCCAGCGAGGAGGGGGAGGCGCCCCCGUCCGGCCCCAUCCGAGCUCCCCUCCGUGGGUCCGCGCGGCCGCCAUGACCUGGAGCGCCACCGCCCGGGGCGCCCACCAGCCCGACAACACCGCGUUCACUCAGCAGCGCCUCCCCGCCUGGCAGCCGCUGCUGUCAGCCAGCAUCACGCUGCCGCUCUUCUUCUGCGCCGGCCUGGCCUUCAUCGGCCUGGGCCUGGGCCUCUACUACUCGUCCAACGGCAUCAAGGAGCUCGAGUACGACUACACCGGCGACCCGGGCACCGGCAACUGCUCGGUGUGCGCCGCCGCCGGCCAGGGCCGCGCGCCGCCGCCCCGCUGCUCGUGCGCCUGGUACUUCUCGCUGCCCGAGUUCUUCCAGGGCCCCGUGUACCUCUACUACGAGCUGACCAACUUCUACCAGAACAACCGGCGCUACGGCGUGUCCCGCGACGACGCGCAGCUGAGCGGGCUGCAGAGCGCGCUGCACCACCCGGUCAACGAGUGCUACCCCUACCAGUACAGCGCGGCUGGCCUGCCCAUCGCGCCUUGCGGCGCCAUCGCCAACAGCCUCUUCAACGAUUCCUUCUCGCUGUGGCACCAGCGCCUGCCGGGCGGGCCCUACGUCGAGGUGCCGCUCGACCGCACCGGCAUCGCCUGGUGGACCGACUACCACGUCAAGUUCCGCAACCCGCCGCUGGUGAACGGCAGCCUGGCGUUGGCCUUCCAGGGCACCGCGCCCCCGCCCAGCUGGCACCGGCCGGUCUACGAGCUCAGCCCAGACCCGAACAACACCGGCUUCAUCAACCAGGACUUCGUGGUAUGGAUGCGCACGGCGGCGCUGCCCACGUUCCGCAAGCUGUACGCGCGCAUCCGCCAGGGCAACUACUCGGCCGGGCUGCCGCGGGGCACCUACCGCGUCAACAUCACCUACAACUACCCGGUGCGCGUCUUCGGCGGCCACAAGCUCAUCAACUUCAGCAGCAUCUCUUGGAUGGGCGGCAAGAAUCCGUUCCUGGGCAUCGCCUACUUGGUGGUCGGCUCCCUCUGCAUCCUCACGGGAUUUGUCAUGCUGGUCGUCUACAUUCGCUACCAGGACCAGAACGACGACGACGAGGACGACGAGUAAUCCCUGCUUUCAGAGUACCCUUUCUGCUUCUUGCCACAACGCUCUUGCAAGCUUCUUUUGGUUUCUCCCUCCCGACUGUCACCCAGUUCCAACUUCGCCUCACUUUGCCUCCAGUUGUGGAUGAGGGGACCAGAGAGAGAGAGGAAUUACACCCGAUCGGGGGCUUCCAGACUCUUCUGGGGUGUUUGAACUGCUAGAGUGAGACAU